UUUUUCAAUUGCCUUUUAGGGAUGGAUAAUUACAGUAAUUUCUGUUUUUUACCUCCCAUUCCAAGUCCUACGACCGGAGAGAAGGAGCUUCCUCAGACUUGUCUGAUGUUGGAUCAUCCGACGCUGGGCAUCCAUUACACUUGUCACAACAAACUACAAAAAGACGGCUUCUGCCGUGAGAAGACGUCCAAAAGUGGUGCUCUUGUGAAGAUCUGUGGAUGUAACUCGGACGAUUUCUGCAAUUACUCGUACUGGCCUGAUAAAAUCCCACGAGAGCUUCAAAUGAGUCGUCCUCUUGAAAGUUCUCUAUCUAUCCAUCUAAUAUUCUCUUUUUAUGUUCUUUAUGUUAUGUCUCUUCUUUAUAUUCUCGAGUAUGUUCCCAAGAGGGAAAGGGACAUCAUCAAAGUGCCAGACCUUCGGUACUAG